GUUGAAACCAACUUGCUUUUACAGAAAAGCAACUCAAAGGUUCAUCCCUCCCCUUUCGCGACAAACUGACAAAUCGAACGGAACGUAGUGAGAAUUUGAAAAGCUUUUCUUCGUACCGGUGGUUUCAUUCUUGUCGUUGUUGGCAUGAACGAAAAGCUUGCGACUCUUUUUGGUCAAGAGCAUGGACAUGGAAAAGAAAAGCUCUGAGUUGAAGGCCAGGGAAAUAAUAUAAUAUAUGGUUUGUACAUCGUUCGGCCCGAGGGGAAGCUGCAGCGGAAGGAACACAAAUCCCUAUUAGCGCCAGGCGGGGCCGCGGGUCGCUGGGCCUGGUGGCCGAUGCGGCGGUCGCGGGCUUAUCUUCGACUUGCCUGAGCAGAGCUGUCUCGAUCCAGACCAUUUAUUGUGUAUCUGACAUUUAUUUCGACCAUCUCCUCGUCCGAGAAUCCAUCGUCUUCUGGCCAGGCCCAAAGGAGGACGAGAGGAAGCAGAGCAAGAAGCGACGGCAAACAUUCGCUCCCCCUACGUGAGGGACGAUUCGCCCUGCAUGCCAUGCAGAGUUCCGGAUAUGGAGUCCAUUUCUCCGGGCCUGCUGUGGUUCGGAGGUAAAUUCUCAGCCUCGUCACGCGGUGGUCUCUUCUCGUCCCUGUUCAAGGCGGUAGCCAUCAAUCUUUGGGGGUGCUUUUUCAUGUUUAGUGAAUGUAAAGCUCUCUUUAUCGCCUCAUUAUCAAGUUCCGGCUUCUGUCUUUACUAUCUAGACUCUUCAUCGCUACGAGCGUCUGUGGGAGUGCAGUUAUGAAUAAAUUACAUUGCGCUCUGAUGUUAUUUCACGAAAUUGAAGGAAUGUGGCUAUGCCUUGGAUGCCUAUAUAUCUUGCAUUUGGAGGUGUAUGAAGCCAUUUAUUUUCGGUAAAAAAUUAGUGAUUGCAGUGAUUUGAUGGGAUUGGUGAC